GUGAGGGGGGGUGCUCUUCUCAAUGGACUGGGGAGUUGCGAGCUACGUCGAGGAGGAGGCAGCUAGCCGCGAGGACGCCAGGAUACUGAUCUCCAAUCUCGUGCCCUACGGCUGUUUAUGGAUUUACUUUGGCCGCUUUCCUUUCCUCGCGCUGAUUCGGAGCUGCGUGGAGUAGCUCUAGUUCUAGACGUGGAUCUGAGUGUUCUUGGGCUGGAUCGUCCUGGGAAAAAAGCGACCGAGUCAGUCGGUGUGCUGUUUUGUUUUCAAAGAGUUUGAAAAAAAGUGGCUUUGUUUCCAAACUACCAUCAUCUCCAUGAGAAAGAGAAACAGUUCGCUCUGUGUGGAACAGUUCAAGUUGUUUUGCAGCUUCUCUUCUGCGGGACUGAACAUUUUCCUGCUUUAGGGGAGAGCCGACGCUACGUCUUUUGUUCCUUUCUGCCUUCGAGAGUUUAUUCCUCCGUUUGCUGUUGGGGAAAGUUGUAGAGUUGGCUGCUCGAGUCUGGCUGUCUGCUGCUCAUAUUUCCUGCAGCGAGAGAGCUAUUUGUGUGUGUGUGCGUGUUCGAGUAGGAUCAUUUCUUCCCAAAAGGCUCCCUACAACGAUCAUGUUGAUGUUUUGGUACGAUAGUUAAGCAUUUUCAUGCAACGCUGGGCUGUCUGGUCAUAUUUCAUGCAGAGAGAGCUGUGUGUUUUAAGUGUGCGUGUGAGCUAUGUGUGUUAUCUGGAGUUGGCCGCCAGACUCGGCUGGAGAAACGGAAGAAGAAAACUACUCUACUGCCAGAAGGGAGUUUAUGUCCUGACGACAACAAUAAACAACAACUAAUAACAACAGCGAAAUACUUGUGUGGAUGUUAAACGUUAACGCUCGAGCGCGGCUGCAAGUUGGAAUGGAACUUUAGCUGCGUUCGGAGCGCGCGGCGUUCGGACAUGGCCGAGUUCUGGUUGUAGUCUCGCUCUCGAGGACAACAAAGGAUGUGUGGGCUGCUGCUGGCCUGAUUCACAAACACAGAAACACACACACAUACCUACUACUGACGCGAACACACACACACACACACUCGGACACCUCACAAACAGUAUGUUGAUCUAAUGGGAACACAGUCUAACAUGGGAAACUGGUGGUGCAUAGAGUUAUAAGGAUUCCUGCUGGCCUUAUUCACAAACACACACACACACAGAUAGACCUACACACACCUCACUGUCUCUAUCUCUCUCUCACACACACACACACACACACACACACACACACACACACACACACACACACACACAAAGACAGUCUGGAAGACGUUUUUGAUCCUAUGGGAAUACACCAUGGGAGCCUGCCGAAUAGAGUGCUAAGCGGAAUAAGUGAAGAGUCAAGAUGAGCCGACAGCAGUCUACCGCUGGAUAAGAGCAGAGCUGAGAAGUGGGAGUGUGUGUGUGGUCUACAACUCUCUGUGUGUGAGUGUGUUUAGUCUCCACUGCCCACUCUCCUCUCUGGCUCCUUCAGAGCCUUUUGGGGGGUAGGCUACAGUGUUGGCGGUGGGCCCUCCAGGGUCUGUGUGUGUGUGUGUGCGUGCGUGGGAGUGUGUUUUAUUGAAAUGCUAAUUAUCCCUCCAUCCCGAUCCGGCUCGGGGCGCUCCCCUAGCUGUCCAGUGGUGCGCGGCGUGGUGGCCAUGGCUGCCCGUGUGCUGCUCUGUCUCGUGCUCUGCAGCGCGCUGUGUGGACGCCAAGGCACGUCCGUGUCCGCUGCCGCCUCCUCCUCCUCCUCCUCUUCCUCCUCCUCCGACUGUAAGGUGUACGAGGAGAAGUCGCGCGGGCCCGGGGCUAGUAAAGGCACGGGCCCCCCGCCGGUUGUGGCCCCCCCGGGCCCCCCUGCGGACAGGAAGUUGGGGUCGGGGGACAGGAAGGUGGUGUGCAGCAGCAUGGAGCUGAGGGAGCUGAUGCCACCAGACAGCUUCCCCAACCGCACCGUCACACUUAUUCUGACCAACAAUAAGAUCCAGGAGCUGAAGAACGCCUCCUUCCUGGGACUCACCUCGCUGGAGAGACUGGACCUGAGGAGUAACCUGAUCAACAGAAUAGAACCCGGAGCCUUCCAGGGCCUCUCAUCUCUCAAACGCCUGGAUCUUUCGAGGAAUCUGAUUGGCUGUUUGAGUGGCGACCUCUUCCAAGGCCUCAGCAGCCUGAUCAGACUUAAUCUGACAGGAAACGUCUUCUCUUCGCUCCCCCCUGGAACCUUCGACAGCCUGACGUCUCUCAAGAACCUUGAGUUCCAGACCUCGUAUCUGCUGUGUGACUGUAAUCUCUCGUGGCUGCUGCGAUGGCUGAAGGAGAGAGGGGUGGUCGUCAAGGAUACCAGAUGCUCGUACCCGAGAUCUCUACAGGGCUCCCUCAUCACCACGCUAGCACCUGACACGCUGACCUGUGACCUGCCUCUGGAGUUGCCGUCCUUCCAGAUGAUCCCGUCUCAGCAGCAGGUGGUCUUCCAGGGGGACUCCCUACCACUGGAGUGCAGAGUGUCACUAGUGGAGCCCAACAUGCAGGUGUUGUGGUUUCUGAAUGGCCAGAUGGUUGAACCGAACGCCAGCAUGGGGAUCGACAUACACAGAAGCUGCUCCCUCCUCGCCAGUGCGUUGACCAUCUCUAAUGUCCAGCUGGGUUCUGCGGGCAGUUGGGAGUGUCGUGUGUGGAGCAGUAGAGGCAACACCACGCGCACCGUCAACAUCCUGGUACUCGACACACACGCCCACUACUGCCCUCCCGAACGCAUCAGCAAUAACAAGGGGGAGUUCAGGUGGGCGCGUACUCUGGGUGGCAUCACAGCGUCUCUGCCGUGUGGGCGGGCCAAAGGGGGCGGGGCUGCCAUCUACGCUGGUGCGCCAUUGGAGGAUAGCCGGGCUUGGAGGCGGUGCCAACGAGGAGGAGUGUGGGGGGAGGGGGACUACUCACGAUGUCCCUUCACUAAAGACGUCACACGGAUACUGCAUAUUAUAAACCAGAUGCCGUUAAAUCUGACCAAUGCUGUGUCGACGGCUCGGCAACUUCAAGUCUACACGGAGGAGGCUGCUAACUUCUCCGACAAGAUGGACGUCAUCUUCGUAGCCGAGAUGAUCGAGAAGUUCGGACGCUUCGCAGAGAAGUACAAGGAGCUGGGUGACGUGAUGGUGGAUAUCUCCAGUAACCUGAUGCAGGUUGAGGAGCGAGUUCUCUGGCUGGCUCAGAGGGAGGCGAGGGCGUGUUCACGCAUCGUGGAGUCACUACAGAGGAUAGCAACGCUGCGGCUAGCAUCCUCACAAGCAUACUCUACUAUGUCCCACAACAUCGCGGUGGAGGCGCACGUCAUCAAGGCAGGGGGCUUCAAUGGGAAGACAUGCACCUUAUACCAGAAGACCCCGCCCCCCUCACACACACACACCACCGACACGCGCACACACACGCAGCUCAGCUUCAAAUGCAACAUCACCAGCACCCUCUCCACCCUCGCUCUCAAGAACUCCAUCGUUGAGGCCUCUCUGCAGCUGCCUCCGUCUCUUCUCUCCUCCGCGGCCGGCAGCCAAUCAGAAGAGCCGGUCUAUAAGCUCCGCCUGCUGGCGUUCCGGAAUGGGAAGUUGUUCCCGCCCACAGGAAACUCCUCUCUGUUGGCCGACGCCCAGAAGAGGAGGAGCGUAGCCACACCUGUCCUGCUCACACACAUAGACGGUGUGUCAGAGCGCCCCCUGGCGUCCGCGGUGAACGUGACGCUGCGUCGGUUUGCCCACGGCUCGGAGGCGGUGGCGGCGCUGUGGAACUCCAGCCUGGCAGGGGGGCAGGGGGGGUGGCAGAGCGACGGGUGCCGCAUCAGUCACCAUGACGACAACUUCACUACGCUGUCCUGCCACACGCUCGGGAACUACGCAGUGCUCAUGGACUUGAGAAGAGGGGAGGAGCUUCCCUUCCUCUUCACUCCUCUUCAUCCUGUUAUUUACUCCACUGCCGCUAUACUGCUGAUCAGCCUACUGGUUACCAUGGGAACCUACAUAUACCACCACAGGCGUGUGUGUGUGAGUCGUAAGGGAUGGCACAUGUUGGUGAAUGUGUGUCUCCACAUCUUCCUCUGCUGUGCCACCUUCAUCGUUGGCAUCAACCAGACGCGACACGCCAGCGUCUGCCAAGCGGUGGGCAUCAUCCUCCACUACUCCACGCUGGCUACCAUAUUGUGGUGUGGCGUCACCGCCAGGAACAUCUACAAGCAGCUGACCAGAAAAGCCAAACGGCUGGAGGAGCUGGACGAACCACCACCGCCCCCUAGACCCAUGCUCAGGUUCUACCUGAUUGGUGGGGGGAUUCCUAUCAUCGUGUGCGGCAUCACAGCAGCCGCCAACAUCAAGAACUACGGCAGCCAAACACACGCACAAUAUUGUUGGAUGGCGUGGGAGCCCUCUCUGGGUGCGUUCUGGGGUCCCCUUGCCUUCUUCCUAUUCGUGGAGCUGCUCUACUUCCUGCUCAUUGGCUGCCAGCUGCGCCGUCGUCCGGGGCAACGCUACGAGCUGAAGGAGCCAGCCAAUCACGAGCAGCGCAGCCUGGAGCCGGCCAAUAGGGAGCAGCGCUGCCUGGGCGUCAUGGAGACGACCCCCGAUGACCCCCACUCACCUUCACCUGACCCCCCCGCCCUCGAGAACGAACACUCCUUCCUCUCCCAGCUGGGGGGUGUGUGUGGGCUGCUGGGUCUCUUCCUGUUGCUGUGGGCGCUGGGUGCGGUGUGUGUCCUGUGUCAUCAGGACCCGUCCUCUGCCUCUCGGCUGCCCGUGGCGUGCCUGUUCGGCCUGGUGGCGCUCGGCUUCUCAGGCUUCCUGCUCUCCCAUCACGGGGCCUCGCGAUCCGACGUCCGGGCGCUAUGGCAACGCUCCUGCUGCUCAGCCAAUCACCAUCGCCGCUCUCGCAACGCCACAAACCCCUCCCACAUGGCACUGUUGCCUGGCAACAACCAAGCGGCGGCCUGCUCUAACUCCUCCUCCCCGCCGAGUCCAGCCCCCCACAGCAGCGGAGACGGGGAGUCCACCAAUCACAACGCAGGGAGCCUGAGGCUGUCAGCGAAUCAGAACGGAGGAAGCCUGAGGCUGUCCAAUCAGAACGCAGGAAGUAUGAGGCCCUCGGCCAAGCUGACCAAUCUGCAGGUGGAGGCGGCACAGCAGCAGCAGCAGCAGGGGUGCAGGCUCCUCCCCUUGCCACAAGCUCCUCCCACUGCCCCCAGUGCCUCCGCGCUAUUGGACAACAGCCUGACGGAACACUCCCUGGACGCCGACAUCAAGAUGCACGUGGCCCCUCUGGACCUGUCAAUCAGGCCCGUGGUUGCCCCUAGCAACCUGGCAACCGGCCAACCCCUGGGCAGCGGGGCGGGGCCUGUGGCAGCAGGGGGGCUCGUACCUAAUGGCAACGGGGGCGUUGCUAGGCAGCACAAGAGCCGGGCGCGGGCCCACCAGCGAGCGAGCCGCCUGACGGUGCUGCGAGAGUACGCUUACGACGUCCCCACCAGCGUCGAGGGCAGCGUACACACACACACACACUCCCACACGCACACACACUCGCACGGCCACGGGCACGGCCACAGGCGCGGCGGACAACACUCCUCAUCCCACUCGCGCCAGAGCCGGCGCGCCGCCUACAUGGCGUAUCGAGAGCGCCACCUAGCUCUACAGGACAGCAGCGACGCCAGCAACAGCCUACCGCGACGCUCACACUCCCACUCGCGCUCACGCCCGGCCUCACACAGCCUCCCGCUGCCCGCCAACACACACACACACGCCACCAACCUCACACACACACACUCCAGCAGCCUGGCCGCCGGGCUGGGCAACGGGGUGGCGGCGGUGGGCGACGGGAUCGGGUCCAGCAACCCUCUGGGAUGUGGGAUUGGAUCUAGCGCCAUUCUGGGAUCUGCGGUGGACACCAACGUGGGCUCUAAUGGGGCCUUCGAUUCUGCUGCCCAGGAGGGUGUUGGGUCUGGCCCUGUAGACUCUGUUGGUGCGCCGAGCACAGGAGUUCUGGACCCACUGGGUUCUGGAAUGUUGGAGACGCAGAGUUCUAGAGUUCUGGAGCCAAUGAGUCCUAGAUCUCUGGAGCAGCCUCUGGAUUCUAGAAUGCUUGAGCCAAUGGGUUCUGGAAUGUUAGAGCCAAUGGGUUAUGGAAUGUUAGGGCCAAUGGAUUCUGGAAUGCUGGAGCCAAUGGGUUCUGGAAUGUUAGAGCCGCUGUGUUCUGUGGUCGUGGGGAGUAGUGGGGGCUCGCUGGUGAGUAACGGGGUUGUGGUGGCCGUGGAGAAGGACUACUCUCUAUCGCCCUCUGUUGACCACCCUGCCCCUAAGGACUACUCUCUAUCGCCCUCUGUUGACCACCCUGCCCUAAAGGAAUGCCCCCAAAUGCCCCCUAUUGACCACCCUGCCCUAAAGGAAUGCCCCCAAAUGCCCCCUAUUGAGCUCUCUACCCCUAAAGAAUGCCCCCAGAUGCCCUGUGUGGUCCAUGUGGACUCCACUCCUUGUACAGACGUUUCAUCUCCUCUCCCCCCUCCCCCAUCAGUCCUGUCUGCCCCCUGCCCCCCUCCCCCAUCAGUCCUGUCUGCCCCCUGCCCUCCUCCCCCAUCAGUCCUGUCUGCCCCCUGCCCUCCUCCCCAUACUGCUCUCCUCCAGCCCAAAGCUCAGGCCCCCUGCCCUCCUCCCCACACUGCUCUCCUCCAGCCCAAAGCUCAGAGCUACGGCCUCAACCUCAACUUGGCUACCAGCAGCUCCUCCCUGAAGGACAGCCAGAGGUCAGACAUCCCCAACCUGGCCCAGAGCCCCCCCAACCCCCCCUCCCUCCUCGCCCAGAGCCAGCGACCUGACGGCCAGAGCCAGCGACCUGACGGCCAGAGCCAGCGACCUGACGCCCAGACCCAGAGCUACAGCCCCCCCUCCCUGAUGAGCCAGAACUCUCUGAGCCCUCUGCUGCCCCUGGAGGUCCCUCCCCAGUGGCCUCUCUUGCCCCUCGAUCGACCCGAUCGUCCCCCAGAGAGAGCCCCUCGCCCUGGGCUGCCGCUGCUGGAUCGCCCCCCUGAGAGAGCUCUCCUGCCGCUGGAGGUCCCUGCUCAGCACCCCCUGCUGGUGCUGGAUCGACCCCCAGAGAGAGGCCUGCUGCCCCCAGAGAGAGCUCUACUGCCCCCCGAGCGCCCACAGCUGCUGCCCCUGGUGCCAGAGCGCAGCACCAGCGGCAACAUCAGGACGGGACUCUGGAAACACGAGACCACCGUCUAGUACAGGCAAUCAGGAAGGAGUCUGGAAAUACUAGACAAGUUGGACCGCCGGUUAGCCAACCAGAAAUGAGCUCUGCAAACACUAGCCAAUGACAGAGGAGAUGUACAAAUACUAGCCAAUGAGUGAGGAGCUGUACAAACACUAACCAACCAAAAACAAGAGUCUGGAAAUACUAGCCAAUGAGAACAGGACUCAACAGGAGGUUGGAAAUGCUAGCCAAGUUGGACUGGCCAACCAGAAAUGAGUCUCUUGAAACCCUAGCCAAUGAAAACAGGACUCUAGCCAACCACAAACAAAUGUCUGGAAAUACUAUCCAACCAGUAAGCAGCUCUGGAAAUACUAGCCAAUGAGAAACAGGAGUCUGGAAAUACUAGCCAAUGAGAAACGGGAGUCUGGAAAUACUACCCAAUGAGAAGCGGGAGUCUGGAAAGAAGGGAACACAUUAAUGCCAAAUAGAACUUGCCUGUGGACAUACUGGUCAACCACGACCGGACUCUGAAAACACUGGAGCCAAUCGGGCUGACCUUUAGCCAAACAGACCCGCCCCCUGGACAUAUUAGCCAACCAGGGCUGUCCUUUUGGAAACACUAGCCAAUUGGGGGCUAUCCUCUGGCCAAUCACACAGCUGCAAACACUUCCUCUUCCUGUGUCCAUUGCCACAUCCUCUUCCUGUGUCCAUUGCUGCCAAUAGCCAAUCAGAAUGUCCUGUUUUGGUUGAACUGCCACAAGACAGCCAGUGAACAGUGAGCAUUUAGCCCUCCAAUAAUGACGGGGCAUUGCCUGUGUGGGCGGGACAGACUGAUGACGGACAGCGUAUUAGGCCUGUAACGUGAAAGAGUUACAGACACGCUGCAGCUGAACAAAUAUUAAGAACUGAAUAAGCAAGAAUGACUAUGUGACUAACGCAGGGUUGGGACGCAUGUGUCUCGAGGGCAGAUUACGGCCCUUGAAGUACUUUUAUCUAGCCCCCGAUAUAAUUAUAAUGUUACGCAGCUACACAUGAAAUAUGACGUGUUUUGUAAACCAAUGUUAGAAUAUACAUUUGCAAUACAAUUAAGUUAUAUUUCAGGGUACCUAGAGAAGGUGGCUUCUGUUGUAAAGGCUUAAAGUCAAUGAAGGCCUUAAGUGCAGGAGGAAAUCCUGGUUUGUGUUCAUAGUAUGGCCCUUGGAUGACUCUUACGGCCCUUGGAGGAGUUUGAAGCGGCCCCUCGAAUGAACAAGGUCCCCACUUCUGGACUAUAGACCCCUCAAAUGAACAAGGUUCCCACUUCUGGAGGUUCCCACUUCUGGACUAUAGGGAGAAACCAUGUGACUACAGUGGCUGCCAGGGUAGGAACUUGAGUUUUUUCCCCACCAGUCACGGUGGCAGGUAGAUUUCAAAAUCUACCAGUCACUCACUGUUUUUACCACUCAAAGUGACUGGUGGGUUGUAAAAUUUCUGGACUAUAGGGACAGACCAUGUGACUACAGACCAUGUGACUACAGACCAUGUGACUACAGACCAUGUGACUACAGUGGCCGGCUGCCCAUGGGGCCGUUGCCAAACAGAGGUGCAUUUCUCAAAACCAUAGCUGCUAACUCUGUUAGCUACUUUGCUGUUUGCAAUGUAACUCCUCAUUGGGAAGUACCCAAGUUGCUAACCAGCUAGCAACUACGCUUUCGAGAAAUGCACCCCAGAAUAGUCACAUGACCAGGCUUCUCAUGUGAUGUGGCGGUAGUAUCUGAGUCACAGGACUGUUGCCAAGGAGACCAGUGUCUGGUCAUGUGACACUAGUAUCUGCAUCUUGUGACUGUUGCCGUAGCGACUGAGUGCCUAUACACCUGUUCUUUGUUGUUGUUAUUUUUUACCCAGAAUGCCACAGUUUUCUAUGGACACGCAUGAGCACAAGCAACCAUGAUCCUGACAGCACACACACACACCAAACACACACACGCACACACACACACACACACACACUCAUGCAUAUACACAGGUUAACACACACACACACACACACACACACACAGGUUUAGAUGUGGAUGUGCAUGUUCUGAAAGUUGGGCAAUAAAGAAGAGUGAUUUUACUACA